AUGCAAUUCUCGACCAUCCUUUUCAGCCUGGGCUUGCUGGCUAGCUCCGUGGUGGCAGUGCCUCACAAGCUCCAGACGCUUCAGCGUCGUGCAUCUGGUGCUCAGAAUGUGGUUUACUGGGGUCAGAAUGGCGGCGGAACCGUUGAAAAUAAUGAUCUAUCGAGUUACUGCACGUCUACCUCAGGCAUUGAUAUUAUUGUGCUUGCUUUCCUCUACGAGUACGGCAACGGAAACACUAUUGCAUCCGGCACCAUUGGCCAGUCCUGCUACAUCUCACCUGCUGGUGAGCCUCAGAACUGUGAGGAUCUGGGAACUGCCAUCAAAACAUGCCAGAAUAAUGGUGUUAAGGUCAUCAUGUCGCUAGGUGGCGCUGUUGGGGCCUAUUCACUUACAUCUCAGAUCGAGGCUCAGACCAUCGGUCAAAACCUCUGGGAGGCAUAUGGCAAUACUGCUGGUGGCAGCGUUCCUCGACCUUUCGGAACCACUUUCGUUAAUGGCUGGGACUUUGACAUUGAAGCUUCCAGUGGAAAUCAAUAUUACCAGUACCUGAUCAGCACUCUGCGGUCCAAUUUCGCUUCCGACUCAUCCAACACCUACUAUAUUACUGGCGCCCCGCAGUGCCCUAUCCCAGAACCGAACAUGCAGCAAAUUAUUACCACUUCUCAGUUUGAUUAUCUCUGGGUCCAAUUUUACAACAACCCUGGCUGCUCCGUGAACGGCAACAUCAACUACGAUGACUGGGUCUCUAACAUUUCUGGAACUCCAUCUGCCAAUGCUGAAAUUUUCAUCGGUGUGCCUGCCUCCACCCUGGGAGCUACAGGUACGGAUAGUGGCGCACAGUACUACCUUGAUCCAAGUGCGCUGGCGACCUUGGUGGACGAGUACAAGAGUAACUCCGCUUUUGGUGGAAUUAUGAUGUGGUCGGCGGGCUUCUCCGACUCGAAUGUUAAUAACGGGUGUACUUAUGCCCAGGAGGCUAAGAACAUUCUCACCACCGGCUCGCCUUGCUAG